AUGGCGUCGUCAUCGUCGAGAAUGGAGAUGGAGAAGAUGGGAAUCGAACAGCUGAAAGCGUUGAAGGAGCAAGCGGAUCUGGAAGUGAAUCUCCUUCAGGAAAGUCUUAACAACAUCCGCACAGCCACCGCCCGUCUCGAUUCCGCCGCCGCAGCUCUCAACGAUCUCUCUCUUCGACCUCAAGGUAAGAAGAUGCUUGUGCCACUCACUGCUUCACUCUACGUGCCUGGGACACUUGAUGAGGCUGAUAAGGUUCUAGUUGAUAUCGGCACUGGUUACUUCAUCGAGAAAACAAUGGAUGCCGGAAAAGAUUAUUGUCAGAGGAAGAUCAACUUGCUGAAAUCGAACUUUGACCAACUUUUUGAGGUGGCGUCAAAGAAGAAAGGCGUGGCAGAUGAAGCUGGGAUGGUCUUGCAGGCCAAAAUUAAACAGUACCAAGCUGCACCCACGUCGUGA